AAAUGCGAAGGGGAUAUGGCGACCGUGGUGUCGUAGAAGUUGGUGAGCUGACUUUCGAUUUCCACCUGGACUUACAUGCUCGUGUCUCCCGUAAUCGAGAGUAAUCGUAAAGUAUACAGUAGAUUGAGGAGAGCACGACACGAUGAGCUUCUUCAGCAAAGUUUUCGGCGGCAAGAAGGAGGCGGCUGCUCCUUCGACGGCCGAGGCGAUCCAGAAACUGCGGGAGACGGAGGAUAUGUUGAUAAAGAAACAGGAAUUCUUAGAGACCAAAAUAGAUAAUGAAGUGCUGAUAGCGAAGAAGAACGCGUCGAAAAAUAAGCGAGCUGCUAUCCAAGCAUUGAAGAGGAAAAAGCGAUAUGAAAAACAGUUACAGCAAAUUGAUGGCACGCUAUCUACGAUUGAAAUGCAAAGAGAGGCACUGGAAAGUGCAAACACAAACACUGCCGUUCUUACCACCAUGAAGGGUGCCGCAGAUGCAAUGAAGGCUGCGCAUCAGCAUAUGGAUGUUGAUCAAGUGCACGAUAUGAUGGAUGAUAUAGCAGAGCAACAAGAUGUGGCUAGAGAAAUUUCCGAUGCUAUAUCUAAUCCAGUAGCGUUUGGCCAAGAUGCCGAUGAAGAUGAACUAGAAAAAGAGUUGGAAGAACUUCAACAAGAACAGCUCGACAAAGAAUUACUUGGUAUUGAUACAACGACAGAUGAACUGCCAGCAGUGCCGACUUCAGUCCCUGUUGCACCAAACAAAACCCGCACAAAAGCUAAACCAGAAGAAGAUGAGGACUUAAAAGAAUUGGAAGCUUGGGCAUCGUAAAGUGAUUAAAAGUGACAUUGAAAUCAAAGAUACAGGACGUUUUUAGAUAAAUGUAAAUUAUAUAUUAUUAUUACCACCAUAAUGUGCAUAAUAUUAUAUCAUUUAUCUUGCAUUAAUUAAAUAACUGAUUAAAUUAAUUUUUUAAUGUAAGUCCGCAUUGUUUAGCUUUUUAAGCAAUUUAAAAAAAAAAGAAAGCUAUCGAAGUUAAUAAUUAAGCUUUGGUAAAGAUUAUAUUGCUUGUAUUUUUAUGCUGACAAAUAUUAACAAUUGAACAGCAACAAAUAUGGCUGAAUAAGUAUCAGUGAAUAAUGGCGAGAGAUUGAGUAGAUAUAUAUUUUAUAUUUACAGUAAAUAUAUUGAUAUAAUAAAUGGAGAUUGAAAAGAGAAAACGAUAUGAGAAACGAUGAAUGCAAUUCAUGUAAUAUAAAUCCUUGUAAGAACGAUGAAUGCAAUUCAUGUAAUAUAACUGUAAAGAAACAAAAUAACGCAGCUUACGUAUAUUAUGUGAAAAAAUUGAUAGAUUGUAAGUCUAAUACAUGUAAUGAAAAUAGAUCGAGCGAGACUUCUAUGCUUAGAAUAUUUUACAAUAAUAGUGAGAAUCAAAUAAAAAAAAGGGAAUCUAAUAAGACGAAUCUUAUUUUCAUUCAUUCGCAUCUUUUGCUCAGCAGUUUUGACUAUCCUUAUUUUUUUAAGUAGAAAGAUUCGUCUUAGGGUGCAUUCGGAAAUUUUACAUGUGAAGUAGAAUAGCAUUUAAUUGAUUCACAACAGACAUUUUUUUUUCUCGAUGAUCAAUUAAAAAUCUAGGACUAGUUUUACGAAUUUUUACGUUUCUGUAUCUCUCUCUCU